AUGGUUCUCUCAACUGCUGCUCAAGAGUUUUUGGAGUUGACACCUAAGCUGCAGCAUGAAACUCUGUUUGGAAGGGAGGAUAGUGAUGGCAAUGACUUGGAGGGUGAUGGUGGUGAUGCAUCCUGCCCUUUCACACCCCAAGAUUCCCAACUCCCUUCUGCUCAUGCUUCCAUUGUUAAGAGACAAAGCCUGAAAGUUCAGAUCAACGCUACUGGAGAUUCAGUGUGCAUGAGAUAUAUUCGACCAAGUCCGAGCAUCAAACUGGAAGGCUUCGUCUUGGGGUAUGGCAGCAGCUUCUUCUCUAACCAGUAUAUUCCUCUGCCAUCAGAUGGAAAACCUUACAUAACUGAAGUUGAUGCAGAACCAAGAUACUUGAUUGCAGUGAGGCCAGCACCUGUUCCAAAUUACAGGAAAUCGUGCUCAGGUCAGACGAAGACUCCAAAGCCCCUGCAGUUAGUAAUAGGCACUUUAACUCCGACUUCUGUCUUCUUAUCUUGGGGAGUCUUAGUCAACCCAAAGCAUGAUUGGACCACAAUGAAUAACUGUGCAAAUGACAGAUUUUAUACAGUUCGCUACAGAGAGAAGGAUAAGAACAAGAAGUGGAUUCUUCAGCUUUGCCCUACUACAGAAACAGUGGUGGACAACUUGAAACCCAAUACAGUUUAUGAAUUUGGAGUGAAAGACAAUACAGACAAUGGGAUCUGGAGUAAGAUUUUCAGUCACAACACAGUUGGGUCUUAUAAAAACAAAGAAAAUGGGUAUCUCCAGAAUAACUACAAAUUGCCUAAGAUCCAAACACAGUUUAUAUCGGUAGAUUCAAAAGCACGAAUUCCAGUUACAGUAAUCAAAGAAGUAAUUCAGAACAUCACACAUCGGACACAGUCUAAAACGUCAGAGAAGUCUCCUUUAGCAGGACCAAUACUAGUGCACCUUAUUGUUCCAGAUUUCAAUCAAACUAAACAGAAACGACCAGCUCCUUUCUCAGAGGAUAUGUCUGAAAGACCAAAGAAAAUAUUGGCUGAGAAUGAGACUCAUGAAUGGCCUGCAGAAUCCAAGACAUCAGAAGUACAAGAAAUCGCCCCACAAUCCCAGCCUGCUAUGACUGAACUAGACUGGGAAAGCAGUAAACCAACAGUUUCUAGUGUCUCAGAAGAAUCAAAGAGUUUCCCAGCAUAUACUGAAAGUGAACUGGAAUCCUCAAAGCCUAGAAUAAGCCCUAUGGCUGAAUUGCCACUUGACACAUUGGCUCCUCAUGAGUUUCCAGAAUUUCCUAAAAUAAAAAUACCUCCCACACUCCAAACGCCCAGGGAAACAUUAGCUUCACAUGAAACGCAGCCAGUUCCUUCUCAACCAAAAACGACUGCUCCAAAAACCACACAGACAAAGCCGGCAGUCACAAAUGAAUCCAUUCUGGAAUCUCUCACACCUAAAACAUCUAAGCCUCUUGACUGGCCAAGGGCAACAAUGGCGCCCUCUGAAACACUGCUUACUCCUUUUAAGUGGAAGCCUUCUGCCACGCCAGAAGGAUGGCUUGUGAAACCUGCUUCUAAAUCACCAUCGGAACAGAAUACACCUAAAACCUCUAGGAUUACUGAACAGUUAAAAACUACUCCAGCUCUGCCGGAAACAAAAUUUGUUCCUUCUACAUCUAAACCUGCCCAACCCAAAAUGCCAGAAUCUAAGCCUGCAGAAAACGAACCUCAAUGGGAAACCACCACACCUAAAAUUUAUAAAACCCCUGAAUUACCAAGAACAACACUGGCUCCCAGUAAAACAAAAAUCACUGUUUCCAAACCCCAAAUCCUUCCCCAUCUGGAAGAGCCAAAGAUUGUACCGGCAGUUACCACCAAAUUGAUUCCAGUUCCUGUCACUACUAAGGUGUCUCACAUUGCUGAACAUCCAGUGACAACAAUGGCUUCUUCUGAACCAACCUCUAUUCCUUCUCAAUCUAAAGAAUUUGAUUAUACCAUGCAAGAAGUGCCAGAUAAUAAACCUGCUCCAGCUGAAACAGACAUCUUUUCUUCUAAACCAUCUACAAUGCCUGAACUCACACUUACUAAAUCUGUCUUGGAACCUAUUACGUUUAACAAUGAACUUCCAAUAGUAGAUUCAAAAGUCAAGCACCAUCUUUUCAGCCCUAAAACAACAAUUAGCCCUCAUAUGCUACAAACUAAACCUGUCCUGAAAACUGCUGCAUUUAGAACUCAGCCACCAAAGACAGAAAUAGAGGAAGAAGACCAUGAGCCUUUGAAACCCAAAAUUUUGUUCAGCCCUGAUGUGUCUCAGACCAUGCCUGAACUUGAAGGAAUUACCUUUAGACCUGAACAACCAAAGUCAACAACAGCUCCAAAAGAAACUCGUCGUGUGCCUGCCAGGCCUAAAACAUCUGCUAGUCCUGGUAUAGCAUCAACCAAGCCUGGUCCAAAAGGAAGCCGACGUGUUGUAUCCAGGCCUAAAACUUCACCCAGUCCAAAUGUAACACAAACAAAACCAGCUUCAGCAGUGGAACACUUCAUUCCUAAUAAAUCAAAACCAUCCACUAGGCCAAGAAUUCUAGAGACCAAACCUGCACUUUAUCAAACAACCUCACAACCACUUACAAUCAAACCUACUAUGCCUUCUGAACGACGAAAGAUAACUAUGGCUCCAAAAGAAACAAAGUUCAUUCCUUCCAAACCCAAAACAUCUGGCAAACCAGAAAUAUCACAGACUAAACCUGCACCAGUGGAAACAUUCCCAGGAUCAAUUAACCUUCAUAUUCACGUUCUCAGUGGGCCCAAAGAUACUUCGGUUCCAUUCAAGCUCCCAAGUGUGGAAACAACUGAAAGCCCACAUAUAAAAACUGCAUCUCAUAAAGUGUAUCUCACGACGACUGCAAAACCAAAGAUGAUGGAUAAGUCACAGACCAGACCUGUUACACAUAAAACAACACCAGCUCCUGGCAGAACAAGAACAUCUGGCAGGGUGAUAUGGGGUGACAUAUUAACAGAUCAAGAUAUUACCAGACUUUUUAGUACAAGCUCUAGUGCGAGCACCAGUUUAUCAACAGACUCUACAGUUGCAAGGAAAAAAACAGAUUCUGUAGCUACACCACCUGACCCUCCACGACCACCCUUAGCUCCUGCCAAGCCUACAGCAAUGCGAAGAAAACCUUUGCCUCCAAACACGGUGACUGGUAAACCUGGGAGUUCAGGAAAUAUGUUGAUGCCACGAGCCCCGCCACUUGCCACAGCAUCUUCUGUUGCAAAACCUAUGAGACCAACGACCCUUGUGAGAACAGGCUCACCUAAAAAGCCUCCUACAGCUUCUUCUUCUCCAGAUUACAGUAACACAACUGUGUUCAGCUCACAGCCUACAUCUGAGACUGAUAUAGCAGGCAAACCAAGAUUUAAAGGUGAUCAUGUGAAGUACGUGAAAAAGGACGAAGAUGUUCCAUGUUCCAUCACAGAUACUCUCCAGCUUUUUCCUAAAGAAGAAGGCGACAACAAAGAGGCCUCCAGCCCUCCACGAAAUCCUCCUACCAACCUCACUGUGGUGACUGUUGAGGGCUGUCCAUCAUUUGUUGUACUGGAUUGGGAAAAACCACAAAAUGACACAGUUACAGAAUAUAAAGUUGUUUCAACCGAAAAUGGAGCCAAUGAUGAAAAAGACAAGUCCAUUAUCACUACAAAUCAAACCCAUUCUACUGUGGAGAACUUGAAACCUAAUACAAGUUAUGAAUUCCUUGUGAUACCUAGCAACCCUCUUGGUGAAGGUCCAAGUAGUGAAACAAAGCCAUUUAAAACAGAAUCAGCGGACCCAAGAGUGAAUGAGCAAAUUUCAAUGGGGAAAGAUGCAAUUUGGACUGAAAUCAAAUUCAAUUCUGAUGACUACUCUGAAUGCAAAGGAAAACAGUAUGUCAAGAGGACUUGGUACAAAAAGUUUGUCGGUGUACAACUAUGCAACUCUCUGAGGUACAAAAUUUACCUCAGUGAUUCACUUACAGGGAAAUUUUAUAAUAUAGGUGAUCAAAGAGGACAUGGAGAAGACCAUUGCCAAUUUGUGGACUCAUAUUUUGAUGGAAAGACAGGGCAACAGGUUCCGCCAGAUCAACUACCUACUAAAGAGGGCUUUUUCAGAGCUUUUCGACAGGAGCCUGUCAAGUUUGGGAAAAUAGGAGCUGCGACUCACACUAACUAUGUUCACUGGUAUGAAUGUGGAACUACAAUACCUGGGAAAUGGUAGAACAAGAUGUGAACUGAAUGCUGAUGGACUGUAUCCAACUAUGACCAACAUAAGACAAAUUCCAGUGACUGAAAUAUGCCAUGGUAUUACAUUUGUCAUACUAAAACCUAGUGACAAAUAUUGUGUCAACUAUGUAAUUGCAUUAUCUGCUUAAUAGUUGCCCAGAUCUACGGUUCUUUUGUAGGAAUUAGAAGUUAGAACAUGUCCUAAAGUAAUGUCUUGGGAAGCUGGCUCCCUACUAGUGUCUUAUGGUACCAUCUAUUGUGAAAGAUGUAGUUUAUUAUUUAUCCUUUUUUGGACACUGAGGCACCUUUUGACAAAAAAGAUAACAAACGAUUAUAUUCUGAAUUGUAGUGAUACAUAUGGCCUAAGUUCAUGUUCUGGUUUCUUGCUUUUUUGAGGUACUCUUAAAUUAUUCAGUCAUGGUAGUUUGGUAUGUUUUCAACCUUACCCUAUAAAGUGGAAGACAAUGUGUGUGUUUUUUACUCCAAACUCUGGAAAAUUGAUGGUGGUGAACUCUUGUACCCAUGUACUCAGCAGUCAGUAGACAUUACAAAUACAGGAAAGCCACACAGAUGACUCCUUUACCGCGCAUCUGCAGCUGCUGAAUGGUCCAGUCUUCUUUACUACUUGGAGCAACAACAGACAUUAUCUUUGGGUGAAAUCCUUUUAAUUUGGUUGCCAAUAAGGGGUUCUGUAGCCACACAUGCUGAGCUGAGCUUUGGCACUGUGGCAAAAGCGUCUGAGACCACAGUGAAAAGGUCUGCUCUUCAAGUCAUAAUUCCUCCUUGCCUGGAGCUGGCCGUCAAACAGCUUAUGUGCCAUUUUCUGAUAUUUACUUUUGCCCCAUAAUAGCUAACACUACUGGUAAGUUUUGUAAAUUUUUGUCUCAAUGAAUUUUAGCUACUGCCUAAUGAUAAAAGGUCCCAAAAUCUUUUGCUAGGCAAAUUAGGUAGAAAAUAUGCACAAGACUAAUCAAGCCAAGUACGAGAUCAGUUCUGGAUGCUUCAUCCCCUAGUAUGGGGACCCAAGUAUGAGAUACCAGUGUCACUUAUGAAGGGCAUGUGUAUAUGUCAAGCACAGCUUUCCACCUCCAAAGAACACACAAGGUUUAAUCUUUUCUCACUCAGUGUUUCCACAGAAAGCUGCUUAUCAACAAAUAUACACCAUUCGUAACUGACACAGUACAUAAGCAGCAGCCAACUGACUGUCAAAUUAAGAAUAAGCAGGUUUACAUGUACUCUGACAAACCAAUGAUCAUGGAGUUUUAUUUGAAUAGAAUAUAGAUCAAUGAAGAUGUUAGUAAAAUAGGUGUACAGUAAUUUACCUCCAAAAUAUACAAAACCACCUACAUCAGUUAUAUUUUAAAAAUUUACUUUAUAUAAAAUUGAAAAGUAAUGUGAUCUGCUUUGUAGAAUGGCUAUAUUAAGACUGUUUUAAAAUACAGUAGCUGUC